AUGACUACUAAAGAGAAAGAUGAGUUCAACAUUGACCUGCUCCAGAAUAGUCUUGAACCAUCUACUAACAUGACACUGCCAGCAAAUACCACUCCUAUUUCAAAAUGGCAAGCAUUUAAAGAUUCAUUUAAACCACAAGAACAAAAACCACCACUAGCGUCAUCCUCAUCUUCCUCAUUAUCAUCAUCAUCUCCACAUCACACUGACCUUGCUAAUGAUUAUGAUAUAGAAAAACUGCUUAAACCAGAUCAACAAGGAGAAUUGAGACGUGAUUUGAAAAAUCGACAUGUGCAAAUGAUAGCAUUAGGGGGUUCAGUAGGAACAGGGUUAUUAAUAGGUAGUGGAGGUGCUUUACAUCAAGGUGGCCCCGCUGCUUUAUUAAUUGCUUGGGGGAUAACUGGAACCAUGGUCUUUUGUAUUAUUCAUUCAUUAGGAGAAUUAUGUGUUGCAUUCCCAGUUAAUGGGGCAUUUUCUACUUAUGCUAAUAUGUUUGUUGAUUCGUCUUGGGCAUUUGCUGUGGGAUGGAAUUAUGCCAUUAUGUGGUUGAUUGUUUUACCAUUAGAAUUAGUUGCUGCUGCUAUGUGUAUUACUUAUUGGAAUGAUAACAUUAAUCCAGCAAGUUGGGUGGCGAUAUUUUAUGUGAUGAUUGUUGUUAUUAAUAUUUUUGGCGUCAAAUAUUAUGGUGAUGCCGAAAUGUAUUUAACAAUAUUUAAAAUAAUUGCUAUUGUCGGGUUUAUAAUAUUAGGUGUGGUGUUAGUAUGCGGAGGUGGACCAACUCAUGAAUUUAUUGGUAAUAAAUAUUGGAAACAAGAUGGAGCAUUUGCUAAUGGGUUUAAAGGGGUGGCAACUACAUUUGUCACCGCUUCUUAUUCCAUGGCAGGUUCAGAAAUGGUUGGAUUAGCUAGUGCUGAAGUUGCUAAUCCUCAAAAAUCUUUACCUAAAGCCAUUAGACAAGUUUUUUGGAGAAUUUUCCUUUUUUAUUUCUUAUCAUUAACUUUUAUUGGAUUAUUAGUUCCUUCCAAUUCCCCACAACUUUUAGGAGCAAGUGGCACCAGCGCAUCACCAUUUGUCAUUGCCAUUAAAAAUGGUGGCAUCUAUGCCUUGCCAUCAAUCUUUAAUGCUUGUAUAUUAAUAUCGGUUUUGUCAGUGGGGAACCUGGCAGUUUAUGGUUGUUCAAGAACUAUUCAAAGUUUAGGUGCUCAAGGUUUAGGACCUAAAAUAUUUGCUUACGUUGAUAGGAAAGGUCGUCCAUUAGGUGGUUUGGCAAUGUCAGCAAUAUUUGGUUUGUUAUGUUUCCUUUCUGCUUAUCAUGAUGAAGCAACUAUAUUUAAUUGGUUAUUGAGUGUAGCUGGUCUUGCAACCAUUUUCUCAUGGUUUAAUAUUGGAUUAUGUCACGUCCGAUUCAGAUUGGCUUUAAGAAAACAAGGCCGUUCAUUACAAGAAUUGACUUUUACCGCCUUAACUGGAGUUGCCGGAUCAAUUUAUUCAAUGAUAUUUUUAUGUGUGGUGUUGGUGAUUCAAUUUUGGACAGCAUUAUUCCCCUUGAAUAAUAAAGGUAAAGCAAAUGCAGAAAAUUUUUUCCAAAAUUAUUUGGGAGCAGUGGUCAUUUUGAUUUUUUAUAUUGGUCAUAAAUUGUACACUCGAAAUUGGAAAUUAUGGGUCAAGUUGGAGGAUAUCGAUUUAGAUAGUGGCAGAAGGUCAUUUGAUUUAGAUCUUAUAAGAGCAGAAAUUGAAGAAGAAAAAGCUGCUAACAUGGCUAAACCAUUGUACAAACGUUUAUGGAAUUAUUGGUGUUGA